AUGGAAUAUAAUGACCCCAUACUAAGUCAUUUCCAUGCUGAAAACCCGGUAAGUAAAGAACAAUUAUCAGAGCUUGUCGAGCAGCAAAAACGUAGAGCUGGUUCGUCUUCUUCCCAGCGGGGUUCAACACAUGGAGAGCAAAGUCUGCGGCGGUGUGAAUCCGCUUUGUCUAUUUUCACCGAUCUUAUCAAGCUCCAAUUUCUAGUACACAAAUCAUGGGAUCUGCAGGCACUUUCCAAGAGCGUUCUACUGAGAUUUGGGAUCCAAACCGGCUCAAUUCCAACCCAGGAUCCUAAAAUGGACCACGCGGAGACUUUUUAUCGAGAAUUGGCCCUCAAAACCAUCACACGCUGCGGGAAACUGUCGGAAGCUAUCGAAAAGCUUUCGUCAGACUCUCAACGUAUUCGCGAAUAUCUCGAUGCUCAGACUUCAAAUGACCCCACCGCUUGUCUGGAAGACUGUACUUGUUUACUGCUAGAAAUUUGGUUUCUGUGCGGCAAAAACAUGCGGUCACUCAAGAGAAAUAUAGCGGAACUGUUCAUCAGAGCAAAACUCUUACUCAUAGAUUGCGAGCUAGAAGUAAUGAAGUCUUUGGCUAGCGAAGAUGGAUACGGUACUCUACAAGAGACUGUUGUAUCUUACAGAUCGUUUAUCAAAGUGCUUCUACAACAAGUACAGGACGCAGCUGUCAGUAAUGACCAAACAUCUUUUGAAGAAUGUCUGCAAGUUUUUCUAGAUGUCGAAUCCAUGUUCAACGCCAUGAAUUUCAGCUACUUGCUUUACGAAACACAGCAAGUGGACCCAGAGACUCAAUUGACUUCAGUUUCAAGAUCCAAUAUCGUUCAGGAGGCAGCCGAACUGCGAGACAUGUCCCAGUUCGCGGAUGAUGGUGCCAACUCUGUUUCACCCGAUGAAGAAGAUAAUGAAUUUGCAGAUCUUCUUCCUCGAUCUACAAACCGUUCACCGGACCGCAGAAUGUCUGAAACUUCUAACUUAUCAGUCUCCCUCAUGAUGGAAAAAACGUCUUUGAAAAGAGAACUACCGAAACUUCUGCAGGCUUUCAAUGAUGCAAAGAGAUUAGAGCAAGAACUGGAAAAUGCACGAGCCGCUAAAAAUGGGCAUUCAGAAGUUACUUCGUCGACCUCUUCGUUGAACGCUAACACUGCAUCACCACCCUCGUCUGUGUGGUCCCCUUCAUCGAGUCUGUUGAUGGGAUCAGCUUCAAAGCUGAGUCACGAUUUGAAUAAUUCCAUCUUUUCAACUAGUAGCAAUGCAGAAUCAGAAGAUGAUGCGAAAGCUACCGACGGCUUGUUGCAGAGAAAAAAAACCCCGUCUACAACUUUCCUCCCCGCCGAAGGCUUUACAAAUUCAUUCCACAGAGACAACCAAAGCAUGUGGCCUUCGGUACAGCAACACCCGUCUUCUCUCCGACACAGUCGUGCUACUCAGGGUUUCAGUAGCAAUGUUCUGAACAACCUAUACGGUUUGAGUGGUAAACAUCCGCCAGGUGGUUCGAAUUAG